AUGCCACACUGCGUUCUCCCUCCCAAAUCUGGCAAGAAGGUCGCCCCUGCUCCGUUCCCUCAGAGCAAGGCUGGCAAGAAGGGACCCAAGAACCCCCUCAUCGAGAAGCGCCCUCGCAACUAUGGCAUCGGCCAGGACAUCCAGCCCAAGCGAAACCUGUCUCGCAUGGUGAAGUGGCCCGAGUAUGUCCGCCUCCAGCGCCAGCGCAAGAUCCUCCGCCUGCGUCUCAAGGUCCCUCCCUCUCUGGCCCAGUUCCAGCACGUCCUUGACCGCAACACCGCCGCCCAGGCUUUCAAGCUCCUCAACAAGUACCGCCCUGAGACCAAGGUCGAGAAGAAGGAGCGUCUCCUGAAGGAGGCUACCGCCGUCAAGGAGGGCAAGAAGAAGGAGGACGUCAGCAAGAAGCCCUACACCGUCAAGUACGGUCUCAACCACGUCGUUGGCCUGAUUGAGAACAAGAAGGCUUCCCUGGUCCUCAUCCCCAACGAUGUUGACCCCAUCGAGCUGGUUGUCUUCCUUCCUUCUCUCUGCAAGAAGAUGGGCAUCCCCUACGCCAUCAUCAAGGGCAAGGCCCGUCUCGGCACUGUCGUCCACAAGAAGACUGCCGCUGUCCUGGCCCUGACUGAGGUCCGAUCCGAGGACAAGACUGAGCUGUCCAAGCUCGUCUCCGCCAUCAAGGAUGGCUACCUGGAGAAGCACGACCAGGUCCGCCGACAGUGGGGUGGUGGCAUCAUGGGCGCCAAGGCUCAGAUGCGCAUUAUCAAGAAGCAGAAGGCUCUUGAGGCUGCUACCAAGAUUUAA